AUGUUGAGCCGAACCUCGUCUUUCGAUGAGCUCACGACAUGGGAGGAGACGCUGCUUGAUCCGGCAGCGGUGCAGCCGCUCGUCGUUCUACCCCUAGUAGACGAAGAUAACGAAGACAUCGAACCCGACCCAAAUACAAUCGAUCCACGGCCAUUCGAUCCAGAAGUGGUGGACAUAGACUCGCAGUUGCUUGCGCUCGAAGCGCAGAUGGCAAACCUCCGACUGCGUCGAUCUCAGCUUCUCGCUAAGGACGCGCUCAUCAAGCAUCUGCCGCCUGAGCUGCUAGGGAAAAUAUUUGAGAUGGGUGUGCACGAAUGCGCAACGUUAUUGCCCGACCUGUCGCUCGUCUCUCGUCAAUGGAGAACCAUAGCGGUGUCUACACCUCAACUUUGGUCGUACAUCACGCUGUCCCCAGACGACGACGCUUAUGGACGCGAUUCCGAGACCCAUGCGCGCUUCAUGCGCAAGCUCACUACGAGUCUUACUCGAUCGGGAACGUGCAAGCUCUCCAUCGACCUCGACACGCGCUAUCUCGAGCUUUACAACGAGUUAGAGCAAGUCAUGAACGCGCUUGCACCCCAUUUGGAUCGGGCGUACUGCUUUCGGGCAUCGACAACGGAUUGGGUUUGGAUGAGAACGAUCGCAGAAGGAGCUUCUUUGCUGGGACCAGCACUCGAACAAGUACAUUUUGGAGUUGACCCACCAGACGGCUCAGACGCGGACCAAGGCCCACUCACGGUGCUCACCCAACCAUGCCCGCGCUUACGAUAUGUAGUGCUCGAGCACGCACCGCUCCUGACUGUGCGCACGGCGAUGCCAUCGCUACGAGCCCUGCACAUUGUGCGCGACCAACGGUUCUCGUCAUCGUCGCGUGUUUCUCUGGACAUUGGCGAACUACUCAGCGUAACAAGUACCGCACAAGAGCUGCGUACUCUGCGUUUGCAGAGCUCCCAGUUCCUUCUUGACACGUGUCCUGGCGUUUUCGCCUGUGAACCUCCUCGUGUCCGAUACGAGAACCUUCGCACCCUCGCGUUUCACCAGUUGGACGGCGGUAGUCUCUCCCUCUUCCUCGACGCCGGAAUCUUCCCCAAUUUGAACCGUCUGGCGGUGCAAAUGGACUCAGGAACCGAAGGCGCCGCUCACUGGCUAGGACGUGUCGCCGAUGACGCUCCACAGCGUUUUCCAGCUCUCAAGAUGCUCGAUCUGAGAGCUGUACCGCUCGACGGCUCCGCUAUCUACCCGCUCAUACGCGCGCUGCACAGGCUGCCUAGGCUCACAGGCCUGGCCCUCAGUUACCCGUCCUCGGGCGUUCUCGGCGCCCGGCUGCUCGACAUCUUGUCUGCCCCAUUUGAUGGUGCUGGCUGGAUACUGCCGCGUCUCGAGGCAUUCGCGGUACAAGGUUUCCGCGAUGUGAGCGGCCACGAAAUUCUCAGGUUCGUGAGGGCGAGAAGCACGGGGAAAGGCGUUCAGGCGAUCCGCUACGUGAAGAUAGCAGACUGCUUCGCGCUCGACGGCGAAGUUCUGUCGCAGCUUUCACAAGCUGUUGAAGUCGUUCGUAUCUACUAA